GUGGGAUGGAUUACAGAGUCCCCGGCGCCAUCAGCAAUGGCGAAACGGUGCCUGCACACCCCGGCAUGGAAAAGGAGGAGGAGGAGGAGGAGGACCAGACCCUGGAGCGAGGGCAGUGGAACAACAAGCUGGAGUACGUCCUGUCUGUGGCUGGGGAGAUCAUCGGCCUGGGAAAUGUCUGGCGCUUCCCCUACCUCUGCUACAAGAACGGUGGAGGUGCCUUCUUCAUCCCCUACCUCAUCUUCCUCUUCACUUGCGGGAUCCCCGUCUUCUUCCUUGAGACGGCGCUGGGGCAGUACACCAGCCAGGGAGGGGUGACGGCCUGGCGUAGGAUCUGUCCCCUCUUCGAAGGAAUUGGCUACGCCUCACAGGUCAUCGUCGUACUGCUGAACUUCUACUACAUCAUUGUCCUGGCCUGGGCCUUGUUUUAUCUCUUCAGUUCGUUCACCAUCGACCUCCCCUGGGGCAGCUGCGACCACGAGUGGAACACAGGGAACUGCAUGGAGCUCCAGAAGGCGAACUCGACGCUCAACGUGACCAGCGAAAAUGCCACCUCCCCUGUCAUCGAGUUCUGGGAGAGGAGAGUACUAAAGAUAUCUGAUGGCAUCCAGCACCUGGGCAGCCUGCGCUGGGAGCUGGCUCUGUGUCUCCUGCUGGCGUGGAUCAUCUGUUACUUCUGCAUCUGGAAAGGGGUCAAGUCCACAGGCAAGGUGGUGUAUUUCACGGCCACGUUCCCAUACCUCAUGCUGGUCGUUCUGCUGAUUAGGGGAGUCUCCCUGCCCGGGGCGUCCCAGGGAAUCCUGUUUUACCUUUAUCCAGAUCUCAGUCGCCUUGGGGACCCCCAGGUCUGGAUGGAUGCAGGCACUCAAAUCUUCUUUUCGUAUGCCAUUUGUCUAGGAUGCCUGACAGCUCUGGGCAGCUAUAACAAAUACCAUAACAACUGCUACAGGGACUGCGUGGCCCUCUGCUUCCUCAACAGUGGCACCAGCUUCGUGGCCGGCUUUGCCAUCUUCUCCAUCCUGGGCUUCAUGGCGGGGGAGCAGGGUGUGCCCAUCGCCGAGGUGGCCGAGUCGGGGCCUGGCCUGGCAUUCAUCGCCUACCCUCGGGCUGUGGUCAUGCUGCCCUUCUCCCCGCUCUGGGCAUGCUUCUUCUUCCUGAUGGUUGUUUUGCUGGGACUGGACAGCCAGUUUGUCUGCGUGGAGAGCCUCGUCACAGCCCUUGUGGACAUGUACCCCACCAUCUUCCGCAAGAAGAACCGCCGGGAGACCCUCAUCCUGCUGGUCUCCAUCCUCUCCUAUCUGGUCGGGUUGCUGAUGCUCACAGAGGGUGGGAUGUAUGUCUUCCAGCUCUUUGAUUACUAUGCUGCCAGUGGCAUGUGCCUACUUUUUGUGGCCAUCUUCGAGACUCUCUGCAUCGCCUGGGUCUAUGGUGCCGAGCGUUUCUACAAUAACAUUGAAGAUAUGAUCGGCUACCGGCCAUGGCCCGUCAUCAAAUACUGCUGGCUUUUCAUCACCCCGGCAGUUUGCAUGGCAACCUUCCUGUUUUCUCUGAUCAAAUACACCCCGCUGACCUACAACAAGAAGUACGUGUACCCGUGGUGGGGAGACACCCUGGGCUGGCUGCUGGCCCUCUCCUCCAUGGUGUGCAUCCCUCUCUGGAUCAUCUACAAACUCUCCACCAUCAAAGGCUCCCUCAGAGAGAGGCUCCGCCAACUCACCUGCCCACUUGAGGACUUGCCUUCCAGGCUGGACACGGAACAGCCCCUUCCCUCCACCAGAGCUGGCCUCCUGAUGCUGACAGAGCUUGAAUCUCAUUGCUAG